GUAUUAUACUCGGAGCAUAGUACCACCUCUAUACUUACGUCGACAUGCCAGCACCGCUAGACCGAUUCGCACCAUUCAGCAAACUCCCAUAAGACAUGUAGCGUGCUAUCUGGGACGCAUGUCUUAACAGUUUUCCACCAAGGCUAUUCCACGCCAGGGUGUCGAGAACAAUGGAUUCGUGUUGUACUAGCGCAAACCCACGACCCCCGGUCAUCAGUGUCUGUCAUGGGUCAUUCAGCGCAGCCGUAGACUACUACGUCUCGCGCGGAUAUCAUAAUAACCGCGGCUCACGGGCUCUAGUCGACGCAGCGUGGUUCCGUCCCAAGAAGGACAUUUUAUACUUCGAUGCUGAUCAGAGGCUCAAUGUCCUCUGGCCUGGCAGAUUAAAGGAGUUAGAUGCAGAUAUAGGGUAUACGAAUCAGGGAACGGGUAUGGAAGAAGAAGACGGUUUAUCAUAUACGAGAUGGUCGUGUGUAAAACCGAAACUAGAGAAAAUGCCUCAGUGGAUAGCGAGCAGGGGGGCAAUAUCAAUAGAGCUGGAACUGUAG